ACUUCAUUUAAAAUUUAAAAUAAAUCAAUUCGAGCUAUUUUUGUUAUAUUAUUGUUUACAAUAUCUGAAUGAUAGCAUUCGAACUUUAAAUGUACAGAUUCACUGAUUCAUUUCUCCAACCCGAGAAAAAGAAAAGGAAAAGCUUUCCGUCGAAGCAUGGAGAUCCACCACCGUGCCAUCACUGAGGAUAAAAUUGAUCACGAGAAGAUGAAUCUCCGGCAGCCCGAGAAGGACCCGAGGAGAAUUGCUAGAGGGUACCAAACUGAGCUAUGUAAGAAAGCGUUAGAGGAGAACAUCAUCGUGUGUUUGGAAACAGGUGCCGGAAAAACUCAUAUAGCUGUUCUAGUUAUGUAUGAGAUGAGACACCUUUUCAACAAGCCCCAAGACAGUGUGUGCAUUUUUCUUGCACCCACAACUGCUUUGGUUCAACAGCAAGCCAAGGUCAUAGAAGAAUCAAUUGAUGUCAAUGUCAGGAUCCAUGGUAGGGGCACGACUCAUGCACGAAGAAGCCAUGGAGACUGGGAAAAAGAAAUUAAGGAAUAUGAGGUGCUUGUUAUGACGCCUGAGCUGAUGUUGCACUAUCUAGCUCACUGCUUCAUCAAGAUGGAACAGAUUGCUCUCCUCAUUUUUGAUGAAUGCCAUCAUGCUCAAGUAGAUUCCAAUCAUCCGUAUGCUCAAAUCAUGAAGAUCUUCUAUCAAGUGGAACUCGUGAAAUGCCCUCGCAUUUUUGGCAUGACAGCAUCACCGAAGUUGGGGAAAGGAUGUUCAGUUGAUGGUCUUGAGGCAAUAAUGCACUCAAAGGUGUGUACUAUCGAAAAUAAGGAUGAUGUGGAACAAUUUGCUACAUCUGCUAAAUCAAUUGUGUACGAGUACGGUUCUACUGAGAAGAGCUUCUUGUGCCCUUACAUGGUUUACAGUAAAAAACUUGAGGAGAUAAGAGACAAGUGUAUGUUGACACUUGGGGAUACCGAGGUUGAUCAGAAUACCGGGAAGUUUCUCCAAAAGCUGCAUUCUGAUGUAAUAUAUUUUCUGAAAAAUCUUGGAAUUCGAGGAGCAUUGCAGGCUACAUACAUUUCCCUAGCUGGUGGCAAUAAUGAGACUGCUGAACUGGUGGAUGCGCAAAACAACUGCAGUGAUUGUGACUUACGGAAAAAUUAUUUGCAUGAAGUUUCCUCUAUCCUUGCAUCUGAUUGCACUAGAGGUGGCUUGGAAGCUGAUAUUACUUGUACUGAGGUUUUACAGGAGCCGUUUGUCUCAGAAAAGAUAUUACGGCUUAUUGAAAUACUCUCCAGAUUUAGGUUACAGCCAAAUAUGAACUGCAUAAUAUUUGUCAAUAGAAUUGUCACUGCAAGAUCCCUCUCUGCGAUCCUUCAAAAUCUAAAGAUUUUAUCUUCUUGGAAGUGUGAUUUCCUCGUAGGAGUUCGCUCAGGACACAUGUCACAAAAGCAUAUGGAUAUCAUUCUUGAGAAGUUCCGUUCUGGUCAGCUAAACCUAUUGGUUGCUACCAAAGUGGGUGAAGAGGGACUUGAUAUUCACAUAUGUUCUCUUGUAAUACGGUUUGAUCUUCCAGAGACACUUGCUAGUUUUAUACAAUCAAGAGGCCGUGCCCGCAUGCCCCAGUCUGAAUAUGCAUUUUUAGUGAACAGGAGCAACCUUAAGGAAGUCAAAUUGAUUCAGCAGUUUGUGAAAGAGGAAGCACUGAUGAACUUAGAAAUUUCCGGCCGACAAUCUCGUGUGCAAGUAACCAAUUUCAGGGAGAGAACCUAUAAAGUGGAAGCUACUGGUGCAACUAUCAGUUCUGUAAUGAGUGUUUCCUUGCUGCAUCGCUAUUGCUCAUCGCUUCCGCAUGACGAGUAUUCCAAUCCAAAGCUACAGUUCUUCUACCAUGAUCAUCCAGAUGGCAAUAUUUGCACCUUAGUUCUCCCAGCCAAUGCUCCAUUUCACCAGAUUGGCAGCGCACCCCGACCUUCAAAGGAGGCAGCUAAGAGAGAUGCAUGCCUAAAAGCGUACCAAACAUUGCAUGAAGUUGGAUCACUGACUGAUUAUCUAUUGCCAGAGCAAGAUGUUAAUAAUGAGGAUCUGGACUUAACUGAUUCCGACAAUGAGGAUUGUGUGGAAUCUCGGCUUGAACUCCAUCAGAUGCUUGUUCCUGCUGCCCUUAGAGUACCAUGGAGAGAAGUGGACAAUUUCUGUACUUUUAGUUGUUAUUACGUAAAGUUCAAUCCUAUUCCGGCAGAUAGGACAUACAGAAAGUUUGGUCUUUUUGUGAAAGAGUCACUUCCAGAAGAGGCUGGUAAUUUGAGCUUUGAUCUUUGUCUGGAUAAGGGUAGAAUGGUGAAGACACAGCUUAUUCCUUCUGGAGGUUCUACAUUUGAUAAAGCUGAGAUUGCAUUAGCAGAGACAUUCCAGAAGCUAUUUCUCAAGGUUCUUGUUGACCGGCACGAAUUUAAAGAAAAAUAUGUGUCUCUAGAAGAUAAUAAUGCCCCCGAGUCUGACUUGACAACCUUCUACCUAUUGCUUCCUGUUGUGGAGCACGAGCAUGACAGAUUUUCUGUAGACUGGACACUGAUAAAUAGAUGUUUGUCUUCAAUGAUUUUCAAACACAUGGGAAGUGAUGUGAAAGAUAAUGUCUGUGAAGUUUCAGGUUACUUGCAUCUUGCCAGUGGCUCCACAAGCUUCAAUGCUACUUUGAGUAGUUUGGUGUAUCUGCCAUGCAAAGAUACAUUUUUCUUUGUUUCAGAUAUCUUGACAGAGAGAAAUGCGUAUGAUUCAUAUAGUGACUCAGAAAAUCAUGUGGAGCACUAUUCCGCGUUGUAUGAUAUUCAUCUAAAGUAUCCACAUCAACCUCUUUUAAAAGCAAAACCACUUUUUACCUUGAAGAAUUUGCUGAGGAAGAAAAAUCUAUCAGGAGAAUGGCGAGAAAAAGAGGAAUACAUUGUCCACUUGCCUCCUGAACUUUGUGAGUUGAAAAUUGUUGGUUUUUCUAAAGAUAUCGGAAGCUCAUUGUCCCUAUUACCAUCAAUCAUGCACCGACUUGAAAGCUUUCUCGUGGCCAUUGAACUGAAGGACAAGUUAAGUGCUUCAUUCCCUGAGGGGGCAGAAGUAACUACGGGUAAAAUUCUUGAAGCUAUCACGAGUGAAGGAUGUAAUGAGAACUUUUCUCUCGAAAGGCUUGAAAUUCUUGGUGAUGCAUUUCUCAAGUUUGCAGUUGGUAGAUAUCUUUUUCUUAAGCAUGACGCUCUAGAUGAGGGCCAGCUAACAAGAAAGCGGUCAAAACUAACAAACAAUCAUAAUUUAUUCAAGCUGGCAAAGCUGAAAAAUUUACAGGUAUAUAUACGUGAUCAAACACUUGAGCCUUGCAAUUUUUUUGCAUUUGGUCGUCCUUGCCCGCUAACUUGCAAUAAGAAGACUGAGGAAAGUAUACACCCUCAAUGUAGUGUCAAGAAAAAUGGGGCCAAAUUCAAAGUUAGGUGCAGCAAAUUUCAUCACUGGUUGCACAAGAAGACAAUUGCAGAUGUUGUUGAGUCACUCACUGGAGCCUUUAUCGUUGAUAGUGGCUUCAAGGCAGCAAUUGCAUUUCUUAAUUGGAUAGGAAUAAAAGUAGAUCUUUCACCUUCACAAGUGGAUGCAAUCUGCUCUAUGAGUAGGGCCUUUCUGCCUCUUGCGAAUUUGCUUGAUGUCGAUGUAAUAGAAAAAAUUUUGGGACAUGAGUUUACCCACAAAGGUCUGCUCAUUCAGGCCUUUGUACAUCCGUCUUUCAAUAAUUUUGGAGGUUGCUAUCAGAGACUUGAAUAUCUUGGCGAUGCCGUGUUGGAUUAUGUGGUCACAUCAUACCUGUAUACGACAUAUCCAGAAAUGAAACCAGGUCAGUUAACUGAUUUGAGAUCUAUGUCAGUGAGCAACCUUUCCUUCGCUGAUGUAGCGGGGCGCCUGUCUAUGCACAAAUUUGUUAUAUGCGACUCUAUUGCUCUCCGUGAAUCAAUGAGUAAAUUUGUCAAUGAAAUUGGAAAUUUCUCAUCUGAGGCAGAGGAUAUAGAAGAGAGAACUUACCCAAAGGUUCUUGGCGACUUGGUGGAGUCCUGUGUGGGUGCAAUAUUUCUUGACACGGGGUUUGAUUUGAACUCUUUGUGGAAGAUUGUGUUGUCUCUCCUUGAUCCUGUUGUUAACACUUCCAGGAUGCAGUUCAAUCCCCUUAGGGAACUUAUAGAGCUUUGUCAAUUAUAUAACUGGGAUUUACAUUUUUCUAAAGAGAAGAAAAAUGGUGAAUUUGUGGUCGAUGCUAAAGUUGACAAUGCUGAAGUUUCUGAAACUGCUUGUGCAUCUAAUGUAAGUGGGAGAACAGCAAAGAAAAUUGCAGCAAGACAAAUAAUAAGACGUUUGAAGGCACUUGGUUACAGCUCGAAGUCAAAAUCUCUAAAAGAUGUGGUUAGAGAUAGUAGGAGGCUGGAAGCCAAGUUGAUUGGAUACGAUGAAGUUCCUUCAAUACCUAAACUGGUGGAAGUUCCUUCAAUACCUAAACCGGUGGAAGUUCCGUCAAUGCCUCAACAGGUGGAAGUGCCUUCAACGCCUCAACAGGUGGAAGUGCCUCUUGCACUGGAGCUUCAUCCCCAACACAAAGGAUGCGGCAGUGAUUCUCCAGCUAUCCCUGUAUAUAAUGGCUCAGGUAGCGCUACUUCAUCUGUAAACGCUAGGUCUUGUCUCAACAACAUAUGUGCCGCUAAGCACUGGAGGACCCCUGUUUUUGAUUGCAUCAAAGAAACAGGACUGCACCAUUCAAAACAGUUUGUGUACAAGGUCCAGCUGCAAAUUGCGGGAAAGCUGAACGAAGAGGUUGAGUGCAUAGGAGAACCGCGGUUAAAAAAGAAAGAUGCUGCUGAGAGCGCAGCAGAAGGGGCCCUGUGGCAUCUUAAAAACGAAGGGCAUAUACUAUAGCUGUAGAUCAUUAAAUGUGUAUACAUUAGCACAGCCCAUUCCUUUGACGUAUAAUUUUUGUUUAGAAAAAUUCGAUUAUGUAAUUAUUAUCCUCAUUUAUAGUUGCAAGAAAAGUGUGCAAUGUUUGUGCAAA